CUGUUAGUUCUCUGUUGUGGAUUUCACUCCUUUAUGACUAUUGUUGUUACACGUCACUGAGCACGAUGACAGUGCGUAAAGGAAAGCGGAUGGGGAUCUCCAUCCAGGAGCACAUGGCGAUUAAUGUCUGUCCCGGCCCCAUUCGACCCAUCCGUCAAAUAUCUGCCUACUUCCCACGUCUGUCUCCCACAUCCUCUUUCUCUGACUCACUGUCGCCAAACCCGGCCGGCGGUCCGCCAGGAGCUGCAGGGGAUGGGGGUCUGCUUUCCCCUCGCUCAGUGGCCGCUGCUGGAGGCAGUGGGACGCUAUCAGCCAUGAGCAGUAUGGACACAUCUAUCGAGAUUGACAGCUGUGACAGCGAUGACAACACAUCUUUGGGCACUCUAGAGUUUGAGCUGCUCUACGAGAUGGCAACAAGUUCCCUUCACUGCACCGUCAUCAAAGCAAAGGGUCUGAAGCCCAUGGACUUUAAUGGUUUGGCCGAUCCCUAUGUGAAGCUACACCUUCUUCCUGGUGCUUGCAAGGCCAAUAAACUGAAGACAAAGACUGUGAGGAAUACUCUGAACCCUGUGUGGAAUGAAACACUAACGUACUGUGGCAUCACAGUGGAGGAUAUGUACAGAAAAACCCUCAGAGUGUCUGUAUGCGAUGAGGACAAGCUGACUCAUAAUGAGUUCAUUGGAGAGUCACGAGUGGCGUUACGCAGAGUGAAGCCUGACCAUCCCAAACACUAUAACAUCUGCCUAGAGCACCCCCCUCCUCUCUCAUCUCCUACGGCCACAAGUUCAGCUCUGAGAGGAAUGUCCUGCUAUCUGAGAGAGUGGGAGAGCGAGCAGCAGCGCAAUCUAGAAGAGCGUGGUCGUCUGCUACUGUCUCUGCAGUUUCUGCCCCCAUCACAGAUGCCAGAUGGGGAAGGCCAGCUGGAAGCUAAAGAACGAGCCAAGGGUGGCCUGUGUGUGGGGGUCCGCCGCUGUGCCCACCUGGCAGCCAUGGAUGUCAAUGGCUUCUCUGACCCAUAUGUAAAAACAUACCUGAAACCCGACCUGAAGAAGAAAUCAAAGCACAAGACUGCAGUGAUCAAAAAGACACUGAACCCUGAGUUCAAUGAGGAGUUUUUUUAUGAGAUCACAUUCAAUGAGCUGUCCACCAGGACAUUGGAAGUUACUGUCUGGGAUUAUGAUUUGGGGAGGUCCAAUGACUUCAUCGGAGGCGUGUCUCUAGGCUGUCACUCACAGGGCGAUGCCCUCCUGCACUGGAUAGACUGUCUAAAAAAUAAAGGUCAGAAGGUUGAGCGCUGGCACACACUGACCAAUGACCUGCCAGGAUCCACAAUUUAACAGCAACGAGAUCUGCCUGAGACAUUAUCCUACACUUGUUUACAUUUCAACUGGAUUGUGCUCAAUAAUUUACCAUCACGUCUUCUCUACUAUCAGACAAAGCCUGUCAGAAUUACUGUUGAACUGCAUAAAAAUCUUUUUCUUUACUAGUGAUCUUGUCUUAAUUUCCAGGAAUGACAUCUAAAUAUCAAUGUUAAUCAUAUAAAUUUUACUUGAGAACCAAAACUGCACAAGAUAUUACAACUUGUUUGCAGAAAAUAUAUAUUGUAUGGAGUAAAUUUUUCUUACCCCCAUGGUAAAUAGUUUUUGUCAUAUUCUUUUUGUUUUUUACGCAUAAACCUUACUAAAUUGUUUUUAGAUUUACAAUCAAAGGUCUUGACUCUGACUGGGUCACUCCAAAAGAUGAAUGUUCUUUUUUUGAUGUCAUUCUGUUGUGGACUUACCUCGAUGUUUAGGGUCAUUGUACUGCUGCAUCACCCAACUUCUACUGAGCUUCAGCUGGCACACAGCCACCAUUUCAUUAUCCUGUAGGAUAUCUAUAUUAACCUGGGAAUACAUUUUCCCCUCGAUGAUGGUAAGCAGUCCAGGCCCCAAAGCAGAAAAGUGGCCCCAAAUCAUGAUGCUCCCUCCACCGUACUUCAUCUUUGUGAAGAAGUUUUCAUGUUGGUGUGCAGUGCCCUUUUUUUACGGCAUACAUAGUGCUGUGUAUUCUUCACAAACAAUUCAACCUUAGUUUCAUCAGUCCACAAAACA